AUGGUGGAGAUCCUUUCUGCUCGUCCGCCUACACCCCCAAGGACAGCUUCACGCAUUGUGAUUGAAAACACCGAGUCACCACUAGCCGUUCAAACACCCAAGGAGUCACCAUUUUCUACGCUGGGGCCGGGCGAAGCUGGUACGUCCAGCCGCAGUUCGAAGAAAGUAAACUUCUCGCCAUGGCCCAAGUACAUCAAACCGCCAACCUUUGCUAGUGCCAUGAGAUCAGCCCCCGACUUCAAGACUAUCCCUCCGUCCCCAAACUCCAAGCCUACGAAGUCGAUUCUAAAAGCAACCCAGUCACCGAUUCCCGUUUGGUCACCCAAUGUCGAUACUUUUACCACAGAAUCGCUCGCCAUGCUGCUCGAAUCGGUCAUUCAACAACUGGCAGGCGAGUCGAUGAGCUCCCGACUCGAUGCCUACAUGCAAUUUUUUGGCGCGCUUCGCACGUACUAUGGGAUUCCAGCAGGCCAAAAGAUUGCCGAAAAACUAAGUCUCAUCACCGAAUUUAUCCAGCGAGAUGUGAAUCGGGAUCUUGCGAACGGCUCCCCUCUCGACACAAACCUUGCCAAUCAGGCUCUGAAAUUGUCAGCUGCAUUUGUUUGGCAUCCGGAGAUUUCGACACAGAUUUCGGAGGAAUUCAAAAUCUUUCUGGUCGACCACUCCAUCACUUGUCUCUAUGAGGCCAAGGCCCCAAAGUCUGUUUUGACGCACUAUAUGACUAUAUUGUCCACACAAAAUUUUGGCCCCAAGAUCAUGACCGGCGCUCGUGUGGCCCGUCUUUUGACGGUACUACAAGAGGUAGCCAAGAGCAUCAGUGGCAACGCAAUUGUUUCCCAUCGGUUGAACAUCUACCAGCGGCUGCUGGGCCAAGCCAAGACUGCUUUCAUCUCCCAGUCAAGUCUGUGGAUCGAACACUUGAUAUUCGGCCUGCUUCAUCAUAUGAAGGAUACCAGGUCAAAAGCGAUUGCACUUGGCUUCCAGGUGGCCAUAGAAGCCGGUCCCAAUCCUGCACUAUCGAAAAACAUCCGGGAUCUCUUCGACCGGCCAUUAGAGCACGAUCGAAAGCUUGUAUCAGAAGUUCGUGAGCGCAUGACUCGAAUGAUGGCGACGGUGGAUAGCGGGGAGCAUGUGCCUCAGAUUUGGAGCAUCAUCAUCCUUCUUCUCCGGGGCAAAAGAUGCAAACUGGAGGAUUGGGAUCAUUUUAAGGAAUGGGUUCUUGUUGUCCAAAAGUGCUUCAAUUGCAGCGAACCAGUCAUCAAAUCGCAGGCUAUCCUUGGAUGGAAUCGAUUUGUCUUCGCUGUCAGCCCCAACGAAUCGACGAGCCGAUAUAUUCUAACCAUGCUGGGCAAACCGGUACUCUCUCAAUUCGAUCGCAAGAGGACCGACAAAUCAGGGUCACCGCCCACUCAACUUGCUCUGACCAGCUACUACAAUCUGCUAUACUACACUUUCCGCCCUUCGGCGUCUUAUCAGUACCUGGAUAUUAUAUGGGAGGAAUACGUGGCCAUUCCGUCUUCCGGCAUAUUUUCAACGGUCCCAGUUCUCAGCAACUGUCUUUCGCGCAUAUUGGCAAACCUGUUGUGGAGCACGCAGGUCAAGAUAUGGAUAGAGAAUCGAAUUCAUGACGCCACCAAAAUGGAAGCAGAAGAACUUCCUGCAGCUGACAGCAGAUGGGUUCGAUCAAGAAUUGCCUCAAUUCUGAAAGUUUUUGAGCAUAUACUCAAAGCCUCAGUUUGGAUCGAUGAUGCAGUUAGCCAAUCUCACGUGGCACUGGCCUGGAACAGUUUGUCCAAUGCUCUAUCGCUUGCAUCCAGUAAAGAGAUUACUCCUUCAGGGGAAUCGACGCAAGCUGUUGCUAGCGUUUGGAGUCUACUGCAACGCCUUUGGACUGCAGGGCCGCCCUCAUUGAACGCCGAAACCACAGACAUUUUCUUCGAAAGAUUCAGAUUCUUGUCUACAACUAUGAUUGUUUCUAUUGGGGGCAUUCCGUUUACUGAAAAGCUUCUCCUGCGAAAUGCAAAUGAAACCGACAACGUUUCCACACAUUUACCUCCAAAUACGACCCAAGAAAGUGCUAUUCUUCAUCUCCUUCGAAUUAUAAGCAGCACUGCAGGGACAAUAGCGCCGAGCCAAUUUUACACACACCUCGUCUUAGGUAAUAUUGAAGCAGCAUGCAAUGGCAGGUUCUCCCGAGGAUCUCGCAUCGAACUCCUCCAGCAAUGUGCAGAACUGAGUACCACGAAGACCAGUGCUAUAUCACGUGCAGUUCAGCUGUCAGAGGUAAUUUGGAAUGCCACUGCCCAAGCGGCCGCAGAUGCUUUGCAGUCGUUCCCUAUGGAAUCUGCUCGUGAGCGCGACGGCUCUGUAUCUCGUGACUACGAAAAUGUCAUCAAGAUUCUCUCAUUCGGACUUUUUUUCCCGUCAGCAUUUCAAGCGUGGUCUCAUUUGCUAGAGACCUUUGUUCGCGUGGUUCGAACAGAGAAAGGGAAUCAAGCGGUUACCACCAUGAUUGUAGAUCCUAUGGCCGAACGCCUUAUGCAUCUUUCCGCUGGAGAUACCUAUUUACCUUCAACUUCACUGCUUGGCCAUUCCUUAUCUAUUCCUUUCAUGCAAGGAACCGGGCUAGGAAUCGAUCGCAGCGGCAUCCAGGCAGCUGGACAUGCCAUCUAUCCUCAUAAACUCCUCGCGUCAAUUGCCCAGACAUUACAUGGUGCAUACGACAAUUUCAACUCAUCACAAUCCCACGGUCUUCCGGACUUCAUAGAGGCAUUGACGUCUUUUCUUGGGACCGGUGUUCCGCAGUUCCAAUGCCAAAUUCUUCAAUGUCUCCAGUCAUCACUCGGUCUUUGGCUGAAGGACGAGUCUCACAAAAUUCAUGUUGACCACGGCGUUGACAGUAGAACCUUGACAGCUUGCCGUGCGCUCUCGUCAGCUACUAUCAAUGUUCUGCAAACAUCAGUUUCCCAUGAUCUGCCUUCUUUGAAAAAUUUUGCGCCUAUUCUUUGCGCUGGUUUAGAGUCUUCACACGUCUCAACGGCCAAGAGAUAUGUUGAACUUUGGGGUUCGACCUUUGGUUUACAAUCUUUUGUCCCCCCAGCCGCAAUUUUGCAAGCUGUGCAAAGUGCGGAGUCCAGAGCCCAAACCGCAGCCUUACCUCCGCAAGACGGUGAUCAGGAUACUGAAAUGUUAUCUCCGCUAUCUCCCCAAGACAAAGUGAAUCGGUCAUUGCAUCAGCCGUCUCAGGACACACAGCUUUCUUCCCCCGUCAUACGAACCGAAGACUCGUCCGUGGUCCUGAAGGCAACUGAACAGUUCCAUGAACCUCAGUUGCCGAGUAACCUACAGAACCCCAUGGAUGCGCGUAUUGUUGAUGAAAUUUCAGUAUCUCACAAGCGGAAAAGUCAUCGUGAAAUAUUUUCGAUGAUUGAAUCCAUUCAAUCCUCGUCGCCGGCUAGUGCUUCACGGAAAUUGGGCUUUGAUACCCCUCCCCAUCUGCGCAAAAUACAUGGAGAAUCACUGACUGAACUUCCUCUAACGCCCACCCUCGCCCCUACCGAGAAUGAAGAAGGAUUCAUCGGCUCGUCUCCCACCCCUGGGACCAGAGACCCUACCCCUGCUAUGAACUCUGGUGCACUCAUAUCGAGCCACCUGGCUUCGGAUGUAAGUAUAGACCCUCCAUCAUCUCCUCCUGAGAUGCAAUCUCGGAGUCCGAGCCCUCAGAAAAGCCGCUCAAAAAGCGCACGGCGAAGGGCUGCAAAAGCAAGAAAGGCUCUUGUUAGUGCCUCUGGCAAACAAUCGACAGUCAACAGCCCGGCUACUUCCCAUCUCGCGACGGAGGACAUGGACAAGCCUAUUGGCGAUGCCCAUGACUAUAGCAACGAAAACUCUGAUAAAACACCUCGAGCGAAUGGAAUAACUCCCAGCCGGCGACUUCGAUCUGGGCUAGGUAAAGAUUCGGACACAGCAGAACCGUCAAUUGUCCCAUUGCUUGACUCUGAUAAGACACCUGUGCAACAACCCAGUCGCAGGAUAAAAUCAAGCUCGAGCUCUAAGAAGAAACGGAAGCAAGCUCAGUCUACACCUGCCGAUAAUCAAUCUCAGCAAGCCUCAUACAUGCCUUCCAGUGUCCUUCCAGACAGUGUUAUGGACUCGAGUGAGGAGACAGAGACACAAAUCGCAUCCCAGCUUGGACAGGACUUGGAACUAGCAGUUGAUCUGGACGAUAGGGAUCAUCUGAAGCAUGCAAAACAUCCCGAUGAACCAUCCAUGAAAAAGCGAAAGCGGGAUCAAGAGGAAUCUCCAUUAUCUGUGAGAACCGACAGGCGCCGGUCGAUGCGGCUGUCCACGGUUAAAGACGCGGUUAACGCCGAGUCAAUGCAGCCCGAAUAUUCACACUCGCAGGAUGCCACAUCUCGGCCGGUCUCUCUGUCUAAAUCACUAUCGCCAACUGCGACUCGCCGAUCCACACGCAGUUCACAACGAAAAGAUUACGAUAGUGCCCUUGCGGACUCAAUCCCUCGAACUCAAGACUCCGUUGCACGGGAGUCAACUCAAGAUGCGGAGACUCCGCGGCCAUCCAAAAGGUCUCGUAAAUCCAUUCGUCUUAAGGAGCAGUCUGUUUCUACCGCCUUAGAUAGCACUCCUCAAAGCGUCCCUCGAGAUACCCGCUCCUGCAAAACACGGUCUCAGCAACAUGCAUCUGAGGUGUCUCAACAUCAACCUUCUGGCAUUCCAUCGGAGGAACAUGGCGAUACUGACCACUUGCCACCCCAAGUUGGUCUAGGCAUGGUCCCCGAAAGCCUCACUACAGAAGACCAAGCUGAGCAGAACGCCUCUCUUGUUUCUGUCGAAGAGGCAACUGCUACGCAAGGCACCGAAAUGGAGCAGGCCACCGAGCCUGCUGUAAAACCUGACAUCGACACGGAUUCAGUACAGCAACCUGGUGGGAUGGUCGAGCAAACUACAAGUGUUGCCACCAUGGGUACCCAAACCCAAGAGACAUUCCCCGAACCCAAGUUGAACAUCAACGAAAAGGACAUUGCCCAGUCCUUGAAGAACCUCUUGAGUGAAAUUAAAACGACGACUUUGUCCCCAAGCGUUUUUCGCGAGGUUGAUGAUUAUCUUUUCAAACUCCGUUGCGAAGCACAAGAUGCAUCGACGCGACACAAUACUUCAGCAUAG